UUCUCUUGUUCGGUCUGAUUGGCGCCACCGCCACCACAUUUGCUGUUGGGCAGUUGCGCCGGACUGCUGACUGGUUCUAUGCUCAGGACUUUGAUUCAAAUGACACUACUACUUCCUCAACCGAGAGAGAUCUUCUUGUCUUCACCUGCAAGCGGCUACGUGUCCCGGCUCUUGUGCCUACAACCCCCCUCCACCCGGUCCAAAGCAUUCAUCUCAGAUAUCCUCUAUAUCCCUAGAUCUUAUCAGCAAGUCAUUAGAAUUUCUCAGUGGAAGGAAGCUAUGGAUGCCGAAAUUCAAGCCCUUCAUGAGAAUGACACCUGGGAUCUUGUGCCAGCUCCUCCAAAUGGUUCUAUUGUUGGAAGCCGUUGGGUCUAUACGAUCAAACUGAAAUCAGAUGACUCUCUUGAUUGAUAUAAGGCCCGGUUAGUUUCCCAAGGAUAUAGUCAGGAAUAUGGGAUUGAUUAUGAAGAAACAUUUGCCCCAAUCGCUAAGAUCACCACAAUUCGGACUCUUAUGGCCAUUUCUGUUGUUUAUUCCUGGACUAUUUAUCAAUUAGAUGUGAAGAAUGCGUUCCUUCAUGGCGAAUUAAAGGAGACAGUCUACAUGAAACCUCCGCCUGGAUAUUGUAGUGAUCCUUCACGUGUCUGUUGCCUGAAGAAGUCUUUAUAUGGCUUGAAGCAAGCACCCAGGGCUUGGUUUGAGCGCUUUUGGGAUGUUGUUGCAACUGGGUAUAAUUAGAGUUCCUUUGACUACUCCCUCUUUGUUAAGAGAAGACCCCAAGGUAUUACUAUUCUUCUAUUAUAUGUUGAUGACAUGCUCCUAACGGGGGAUGACUAUGACGACAUUUGUGAGCUGAAGCCCUUACUUCAUAAUUCAUUUCACAUGAAGGACCUGGGUCCUCUCACUUACUUCUUGGGUUUGGAGGUUCAUCGUAGCAGUCGAGGGUAUUUUAUUUGUCAACAAAAAUACGCAUCUGAUCUCGUCAAACUAGAUGGAAUCACUAACGAGAAACAUGUUGAUACCCCCCUGGAGUUGAAUGUCAAAUUAUCCAAAUCCGAAGGCCUCAUCCUUCUUGAUGCCACCCUGUACCGUCAGCUUGUUGGCUCUUUGAUCUAUCUUACUAUGACCAGGCUUGAUAUUUCACAUGCUGUUCAGGUCGUCAGUCAAUUUGCCUUUGGCUCGAGACAAUCUCAUAUGACUGCAGUUCGCCGCAUCAUUUGUUAUGUUCGAGACACAACCUCUCAGGGGCUGUUUUUCUCUUCCUCAUCAUCCAUACAGUUGAGGGUUUAUGCUGAUGCUGAUUGGGCUGGUUGCCCUGACACUCGCCGAUCCACUACUAGGUGGUGUGUCUUCAUGGGUGACUCUCUCAUCUCCUGGAAGUGCAAGAAACAACAAACUCUCUCUAAGUCUUCCACUGAAGUUGAGUAUAGAGCUAUGUCUUCUGCAUGUGGUGAGAUUGUUUGGCUGAAAUCACUUUUCAUUGAUCUUGGGAUUUCUCUUCCUACUCCUAUCCCUCUAUAUGCCAACAACACCAACACUAUCAAGAUCGCAUCUAAUCCAGUCUUUUAUGAGAGGACUAAACAUAUCGAGGUGGAUUGUCACUUUAUUAGAGACCUCCUUGUUGUAGGCUCUAUAUCUCUUCCUCAUGUUGCCUCUCACAUGCAGAUUGCUGACCACUUCACCAAGGCCAUGACUAAAAGUCGACAUCUCAUUCUUGUAGGCAAACUGAUGUUGAUGUCUACGCAUCAGUUUGAGGGGGGAGUGUGAAGAUAUAUCUUGAUGUACAUUAUUAGAGUAGCCCUUGUUGUACAGUGUCAUAGUUCUUAUUAUUU